GAGCGUGAGACCCGGUCGGAGUGAGUCGCGCGCCUAGCUUUCACUCGUUCCGCGCCUUUCGCGCGCACGUCCCUCGCCGAUCGCGUCGUUGUGAAAUCCUUCGGAGAGGAGAGGAGAGAGAGAGAGCGAGAGAGAGAGAGAGAGGAAGAGAGAGAGGAAGAGAGCGCGCGCCGAGCGCGACGUCGUUACUCGCCGCGACAGGUCGCGGCGUCUUCGAGAAAAUCGGGUGGAAAACGUGGCCGUGAGUACGGCGAAGCCGCCGAUCGAGCGGAGGGAGUCCCGAUCCCGCACGAGCGACGCUCGCAGUUGCGCGCGAGACGCCGUCGAGGACGAUUCACCGUUCGGCGACUUCGUGGAAGCCGGUGACGCAACCCGCGCGGCGGCUCCCGCGUAGUGCGCACGGAGAGGAAGGAAAACUCGGCGAUUGUGACGGUGUAACGGCGCGAUUCUAAGUCGCGCUACUCCUCACCUUGUCGGCUUCACCUCGCCUCGUCACCGCACGCCCCUCGUCCCCUACCGUAGUGCGAUAUCGCGAGCGGACGGGCGGACGCACGCACGUACGUACACGGUUACGAUGGUGUGCGUGAGAUCGCGCGUGCGAAUCGCGAACGAACUCGCCGGCAGCCUGUAACUUGUCCGCGGCAAAGCAGCUGGUGGUUGGUGGCACUCGCGCGCGCGCGCGCGCGGGAGAGGAAGAGCACGGGAUACAGCGAGUGGGAUAUAUCGGGUUUUUCUCGACGCCGACUGGGACCCGGGAUCGGCGAGAUGCGGCUGUUCGUGAGGCCGCCGUGGCGAUGGACCGUCAGCGAAGUGGACAUGAGCAUCCUUCUCUUUAAUGGCUUUCUAUUACUGGGCUUCGUCGUGGCCACGGUGCCGGAUGUUCCGGUGCUGGGCUCGCCGGGCACCACGCGAGUCGCACAGGACAAGCCGUUCGUGAAAAGGUGUCGUCACACCAUGAUCUACUCGAUGCUGCAGGCGUCCUGCCCCCACAUGGAGUUACCCGAUGUCCCGAAGCAUCUCCAGAGUGACAUAGAGGCGCUCGAUUUUAGUGGGAAUCGAAUGAGAACUUUGAAGGACGAUAGCCUGACCCCUUACAAGAAUUUGGGCUACGUCUAUCUGAGUGACAAUUUCAUCACAAAGGUCGAGGAAGAGGCCUUCACCCAACUGCCGUACCUGAAGGUGCUGGUGCUUACGCAAAACGGUUGUGACUAUCUGCCGAAGAGCCUGUUCCAGCUGCCGUAUCUCCAAUCGCUCUACCUCGACAACAAUAGGUUCUACGACACGGUGUUCCAGGUAAACAUCACCUCGCCCAUCGAGCUGUUACAGUUGGCCGGGAACAAGCUCACCAAGAUCCCGACUAUCGGUCCCCAGCCGAACCUUUUAACCCUCAACGUGUCCGAGAAUGAUAUAGCCUCGGUGUCGACCGAGGACCUGGCGCCGUUCUGCUCGCUCAAGGUUCUCAUCAUCGAUGUCGCGGGAACGAAAAAUCAGAACCCGAUCAAGUUCGUCGGCUGCCAAUGCCAGGCGUUGAAUGCCUGGGUGAAGUUACGUCAGAUAAAAAUGAAGCCUGAAUUCUUCAAUUGCACGACCAAGAAUUGCGCCAAUGUGCAAUUCAGCAACCGGACGUAUGAGCUGUACAACGAGUGCACUUCCAUCAUACAGCUGAGGGUGGAGACUGAGAAGGCCCGCUCGAUCUGGACACUGGUAGCCUCGUGUCUCGGGACGGUUCUCUUCAUCGUCUUCGUGGUGCUGCUCUGCAUUCACAAGCGGAAUCGCAGGCGGCGCAGAAAGCAAAAGGAAGAACAGCAGCUGGCGGCGAACAACGCCAAUACCGAGCUGCUGAACAGCAAUCUGACGACCGGUAAUUCGUGAAAUAAUCGCUGAAAUGUGCAACGAGGGAAGUUGUAGAGGCUCCUAUGUCGAUGACGAGAGUAAAGCUUUAUGCGAACCGCGAGGGGACGAAAGUUAAAGAUCGACUUUGAAGAAAAAAAGAAUUAACGAUGUUCAAAGUAUCUGAGAGAGACAUGUUGGUAUUUAUUGAGAGUUUAAUCGACGGAUUCAAAGAGAGAAUUUAAUCGGAUAUAUCGACAGGUACGUGCCUAACAGUUUGUAUCUGAUCAUCAAUACAUUCACAUUCGCAUGUUCAAUAAAUGUGAGAUUAUAGUUCGAAUGCUCCUGGCGCUGACUGCCAUUUUCAAAGAUAUUUACAAGUUUUCAGAAGAAGUAAGGAUAUAUUAGCCUCUUAAAACACUUACAUAAUACAAAACCGUUACCAUCCAAAAACUAUCGAGCGAAAUGGAUACUUAGAUUAUUUAAGACUACGAAGAGAAGCACAGCCAUCGAAAGUAAUCAACGGAGGAUAACUUCGCGAAGACUAUGGGCGUGUUCUCAUUUCCUCUCAGUACUACUGGCAGUACUCCCAAUACUUUUGAGCAUUCGGUCUCAAUGAAAAGAUGCGGAUGGUUGCGUUUAGAAAAGAAUAGCUGCUAUGGUUAUUACGAAGGAUAUCGAGAUUUCAUUCGAGAAUAAUUUUCUCAGAAACUGAACUCAGCAAUAGCGUCCAGUACUAGCAGUAAUACUGACAAUGAGAGGAAAUGAGAACGCACCCUCUGCUUACAAGAUAUAAACGCGUUAACUUAUAAAAUGUGUAAAUGUUCUAUAUUGUGUUCACGUAUAUAUAAUGGUUAUACGAUAUAUACAUAUAAGAUCUAUGUGAAUGUGAUGGAUUUUCCAAGACUCUGCGUGUUUUGAACAAAUUAUUAUAUCAUCUCACUAUACUCUUUGCGACGAUAGAAACUACCGAUUUUGAUUUCGCCCGAACGAAUCUCGGAACGGAAACCGGUCGCGCUCAUUAUUGUGCUUUUGUCGAUGUAAUAGCAACGUGAAGGGUACAUUUAUUGCACGAUUUACGGUACUUAAAGAAGAGCUUCCUUUCAAAAGAUAUUGCGACGUCAAAGUGGAUCCUUUUAUCCGAGUGUUAAGGAUACGAUGUUGAUUUUACUUCGUCUUUUGUCGCUUAUUUUACCAUUUUGUGUAAGGCAUUUUUGUCUAUUUCUUGUGUAAGCUUAGAAUAAGUGUAAGAUUUUACGUGUUUUCAUUUAUAAAGAUACAUAUAUUAUAUCGUAGUAACGUAACAAAAAAUCUAUGUAAUUUCAUUUUUCUUGAUAGUUUUUCUUUUUUCUAAUUCUCUAAAACAUUUCCAUUAUGUGAAUAAGUGCGUUACUGUAAAUUGCUUACAAUUCAACGGAUAAGAUUAAAUUAUAUAUACAUAUGUAUGUAUGUAUAUAUGUGUAUAAUUUAAUUAUAUAAUCUGCAUUAUAAUUUAUCACGUAAUUUUCAGAAUAUUACAGAUUUGUAUUAUAGAUGCGAAAUGUCACCCAGCUUAGUUCCUAAUAUUUAUUUCAUACGGGUACAGAGAAUCAUUUUUUAUUUCAUCAUAAUAUCGUAAGGCGAAUAGAAUAACCGUACCAUCGAUAAUUAUAAUAAAUGCCUCUCAUCACACAUUGUGAUGUGCGCAUUACGAUAUGUCAAAGAACUUUUAUACUAAUUUCCACGUUACCUUUUAAUAUGUGCGAGAAAUCUUUGUAUAUGUACUGUAUGUACAGAAAAAUAUUAAUAAAACUCCAAUAAAUUAUC